CUCUCUUUCGUCUGAUCUUUUAACUUUCCCCGUCCUUUCGAAUUCAAAUCUUAAAGAUUUCCGUCUCAAAAUAUAAAUCGUCUGCGACUUAUAUGUUCCGGGAUUUUUAAAGGAAAUUUAGAUUUAACUUUUAAUUAGCUUUUUCUUAGAAAAAAAUUGUGGGUGCGGAUAUUGUUGAUUUGUUUUCAUUGAAAUUGUAGUUAUUGUUUCAAUUCGUUUUUGAGAUGGCUUCGAGUUUCGAUAGAUGGGAAAAGGAUCCUUUCUUCGUUGUGGCUGAAGAAGUUCAGGAAUCUGCCGACAGGAUGGAAUCGACAUACCGGACAUGGCUACACGCGAGAAAACAGGUUUCUAGUCCGUGGAAUUUCGAGGAACUUCGUAGGGACCUGCGUACAACCCUUGGCACCACCAAAUGGCAGUUAGAGGAGUUUGAGAGGGCUGUCCAAUCAAGUUACAAUGAGAAUUCAAGUGAGGAUGCUAGAGAUAGGCAUCGAGACUUUAUUGCGGCAAUUGAGGACUCAGUUUCGAAGAUUGAAAAAUCAUUGCAGGAAUCAACCUGUUCGGAGGGUAAGACAUCAAUGCCUUGGGUGCGUUUGGAUGACGUUGAACGAGAUGAUCUUGCUUUAUUUUUGUCCGGACCCUCUGCUUCGGGAGAGAAGAAACUUCCUCCUAAUUCCAGGGCUAAUGAAAUCCCACAAAGAAUCAAUAUAGAAUCUGUGCCAGAUUCAUCGAAGAAUUCAGGCCACUCUGUUGAGUGCAUCUCAUCUGAGGCUAAGGGCAAGAAGUCAAGUGGGCAUAGGAGGACUGCUAGUGCUGCUGACCUUGGCACUUGGAAGAUUGAUAUUAGUGAUGAUGUUUUACAACCGAACUCUUCCACAUGUCAGCCCUCCAUUCCCCCUCGAAAGGUACCAAGCUUCUCCGGUUUCCUAAAUUCCAUGGAAUCUGUAGCCAAGGUGAAGUGUUCGAAGAAUGGUUUCAGGAAGUGGAAGGCAGUAGGUCGUGAUCAAGAAUCUAGUACAGAGUUGUUGAGACCUCCUCAGUUGGCUAGGGGCCUCAAUGCAUGUUAUGAAAGAAGUAAGAGUUGCCUAGAUUGUGAUGAUAAUUACGAUAAGCAACUUUAUGGAUGGUAUGGGGCGAUUCAAAGACAGCUCCAAAGGUCUCAGUAUCAAAUGCGAUAUGGUCAUCCCAUUCGUCUCGCAAUUUGGAUCAUCCUCAUCUUUGGCUUGAUUGUUUUAAUCACAUAUCAUAUGAUAUGAAAAGGAUACAGAAUCUUCGACUGGCGGUUAAUACCCGGUGGCUAAAUAUUUGAGGGGAAGAUGGUUAAGGGGUCUAGCUUGUGCAUGCUAUGCUGGCACCUGGAUGUUACACCCAGUGAAAUAUUGAAUGAAGAUAGUUCAGUGAAAAGUAAGAGCAUCUUUCCCCUUUUUAUUUUCCUUGACAACCUCUUUGUCUCUCUUUCGAUUUUGAUUUUUUUCGGGUGAAGGGGAAGUCCUGUUGUUACUGGGGAGCAAAGGGAUGAUUGAUUGAGCUGAGGCAGUCGAAUCAUGUACUAUAUGUUUUCUUUUUCUUCCUGAAGAGCACUUUGUAUUAAUACAAAGCAUCUAGCAUUUUUAACCCCGUUCCCUACCGGUUUCCUUUUUAAGUUGUAACCGAUUAGGAACUGUGUAGAGGAAGUGGAAAACUUAUCGAAUUGGGACCUCAAUUAUGGAAAAUGUGGAAGUUCCUUUGCUUGUCUCA